AUGGAGCUCCCAACGAUUGACCAAUUAAACCUGCAGGCAAGUCCAUCCGAGAUCGAGGAAUGGGUUGAACGACGGGAGCUGUGGUGCAGUAUUCGCAAAGGUGGUAGACAGAAUCAAUCAGCUCCAUAUCUUUCUGGUGGCCGUCGUGACCUAUUCUCCCUGUUAAGAAACCUGGCGUACCCUGAGGCUCCGGCUAAACUACCAUACGAUUCCCUGAAAGCGCUGCUGCUCAAUCACCUGCUGCCCACUGAAUUCCAAGCACACGAAAGGGCCAAAUUCAACUCCAUGAUUCAUGCUGACCAUGUUUCCUGCCGUGAAUUCAUCCUGCAGCUGAACAAACAAGCAUCACGCUGCAACUAUGGCAAUCGCCUGGAAGAACAAAUGUGUGACCGCUUUGUGGCAGACAUCAAUAAUCUCACUCUUCAACGGAAGUUUCUGGAGAAGAAAGAUUUAACUUUUACCGAUUCCCGCAAGAUCUGUAAGCAAUACAACGACCCGAUGAAAGCUACUUCCAGCGAAUCAGUCACAUUAUUCCAACGGCAGAAGACACGACCGAACCGACUUCAAAUGGCCAAGUGUAUACCAAACCCGCAGCAUGACUCUUCAGNGGUAACAAGAAACGUAUCAAUUCGUUUGUCAUGUGGAGCUUACCAUCUGUGUUCGAAAUGCCGCUUCUGA